AUGACAGGAAUAGAUCCUUCAAGCCAUCUCUAUUUGCACCCUUCUGAUGCAACUGCUUUUGCUAACAUUGAAAAGCUCCAAGGAUCAACAAACUUCAGAUCCUGGAAACGUUCUAUGGAGAUCUCAUUAGCUUCAAAAAGGAAGCUGGGAUUUGUAACUGGUGCUUACAAAAAGGAUACAGAUCCAGUGAAAGCAGAACACUGGGAAACCUGUAAUAACACUGUGAUUUCAUGGAUCAUUGGAACAGUGUCUGACAACAUCAAAAAGUCUAUCAUGUUCAUGACUAAUUCAUCCCUGAUGUGGAAGCAACUGGAUCAGAGGUUCUCUUUGACAAAUGGGUCAAGAAAAUACAAGUUAAAUAGAGACUUGUAUGAAACAAAGCAAAUGAGUAAGUCCAUUAGUGACUAUUAUACAGUUAUGAGGGGACUAUGGGAGGAACUUGAAUCCCUGAAUGACUUUCCUCCCAUUACCACCAUGACUACAGAGAUCAAUGCCUUUGUGCAAGCAUUGAACCAACAACAAGAAGAACAAAAACUUUUUCAGUUUUUGAAUGGUGUGGAUGAUCAUUACAGUCCACAAAGAAGCCAGUUGUUGAUGAUGUCUCCCCUUCCUUCUUUAGAAACAGCUUGCAGCUAUUUGCAACAAGAAGAAUCUCAGAGAGAUAUUCUGAGUCAUAUCAAGGAGGAAGGAGAAACAUUGGCAAUGUACAGCAAGGGAAAUGAUUCAACCUGCACAGCUUGUGGAAAGCCAGGUCACACAGGUGACAAAUGUUGGAGUGUAGUUGGAUACCCUAGCUGGCAUGCUAGGAGCAAGCAAAACACCACUGGAAAAGGAGCAUACAAAGGAAAAGGAAAAUCACAGUAUAGUGCACAACAGAAAUGGAACAAAGGGAAGCAAGGUAGUGUCAAGAUUGCUGCAAAUGCUCAAGGGGGUGAAAGUUGUGAAGCACCAGUGAUUUCUCAUCAGCAAAUAGAACACUUGCUUAGAAUGCUACCUAUGUCAUCCAAGAGUUCUAAAACAGCAGGAUCAUAA